CAACUUCGGCCAAUUGGACGAGCGGGGGCGUGUCCCACAUUGAACAUUGGCAUAAUCCCCGCCCCCUGCCGGUGCGGGCCGCUCCCGCGGGAACCGCGGAGCCGAGAGAAGGAGCAGUCCGCCGGGACAGAGGAGCCAGGAAGAGCCGGGGAGGAGGCGGUGGAGGAGGAGGAGGAGGAGGAGGAGCAGAGAGAGCUGAGGCUGCCCAAUCCCUCUGCUCCCCGGGGAGCAGCAGCCUCCUGCUCCGUCCCUCCCUCUUGUUUGCUAAUCAUUUCAUUUUACUCCUUUUUGAAGCGCUCGCCUCUUUUUUUUAUUCCACUUUUCAUUUUCCCUCCACCCUCGGCUGCUCCGACUCUCUGAUCCGGCUCUCCGCGCACCGGACCCCGGCUCCGCUCCUCCUGCUGCUCCUGCUCCUCCUGCUCCUCCUGUGAGAUGCUGCUCCUCUCUCCUCUGUGCACUGACUCCUCACCGCGGGCUCGGAUAUAAAAGCACCGGGAGAACUCCGCUGGGACUCCGGCUCUUCUCAGGACCAGGACCCGGGACUUUGGGAAGCUUGGAGUGAGUGUCCCCCACUCUCCUCCUCCUCCUCCUCCUCCUCUUUUCUCCUCCACCUUAACCCAGGUGGUGUUGUGGUUGUUUGAGCGGCUGCUGCAGGAGGAUUACUCUUCUUCUUCGUGGUUCUUCGUGGUUCUUCGUGGUUCUUGUUGCUCCCAGAAGAACUCUUUGAUGUUCUCCAUCCAGGACAGCCUCCCCCGGGGGGCGCUGACCAUGAAGGAGGAGCCGCUGCCCACCGGCAUGACCCCGGUCCGCUCGUGGAUGCAGGGCGCGGGGAUUCUGGACGCGAACACGGCGGCUCAGAGUGGGGUGGGUUUAGCCCGAGCACACUUUGAGAAGCAGCCGCCGUCGAACCUGAGGAAAUCCAACUUCUUCCACUUUGUUCUGGCUCUUUAUGAUCGUCAGGGGCAACCAGUGGAGAUCGAGAGGACGUCCUACAUGGACUUUGUGGAGAAAGACAAGGAGUACAACGGUGAGAAGACCAACAAUGGGAUCCACUACAGACUACAGCUGCUCUACAGUAACGGCAUCAGAACAGAACAGGAUCUCUACAUCCGACUCAUCGACUCCAUGACCAAACAGCCCAUCCUGUACGAAGGUCAGGACAAGAAUCCAGAGAUGUGCCGCGUCCUCCUCACCCACGAGAUCAUGUGCAGUCGAUGUUGUGACAAGAAAAGCUGUGGAAAUCGUAACGAGACGCCGUCUGACCCUGUCAUCAUCGACAGAUUCUUCCUCAAGUUUUUCCUCAAAUGUAACCAGAACUGUUUGAAGAACGCAGGAAAUCCUCGAGACAUGAGGAGGUUCCAGGUGGUCGUGUCCACCACAGUAAACGUGGACGGACACGUUCUCGCCGUGUCAGACAACAUGUUCGUCCACAACAACUCCAAACAUGGCCGCCGCGCCCGACGCCUGGACCCGUCUGAAGCCACGCCCUGCAUCAAAGCCAUCAGUCCCAGUGAAGGCUGGACGACCGGAGGAGCCACUGUCAUUCUCAUCGGGGACAAUUUCUUUGACGGACUGCAGGUCGUCUUCGGAACCAUGUUGGUUUGGAGCGAGCUGAUCACUCCUCAUGCCAUCAGGGUCCAGACGCCUCCUCGUCACAUCCCCGGGGUCGUAGAGGUCACGCUGUCCUACAAGUCCAAACAGUUCUGCAAAGGAGCGCCGGGGCGCUUCGUCUACACCGCCUUGAACGAGCCGACCAUAGACUACGGCUUCCAGAGGUUACAGAAGGUCAUCCCUCGUCACCCUGGAGACCCUGAGAGGUUACCUAAGGAGGUGCUGCUGAAGCGAGCAGCUGACCUGGUGGAGGCGCUGUACGGAAUGCCCCACAACAACCAGGAGAUCAUCCUGAAGCGUGCGGCCGACCUGACGGAGGCGCUCUACAGCGUCCCCCGCAGUCACAACCAGCUGCCGUCACUCGCAAGCUCCGCCCCUCACUCAGGGAUGAUGGGCGUGAACUCGUUCAGCAGUCAGCUCGCCGUCAACAUCUCUGAGGCCUCGCAGGCCGACCAGGGUUACUCUCGUAACUCUAACAGUGUGUCUCCUCGUGGUUACGCUCCAAGCUCCACCCCCCAACAGUCCAACUACAACACCAUCACCUCCACCAUGAACGGCUACGGCGCCGGAAUGACCAACCUGGGCGUGUCCGGGUCCCCGAGCUUCCUGAACGGAUCCACCGCCAACUCUGCUUACGCAAUCAAACAGAAGAGCGCCUUCGCCCCCGUCGUGCGGCCUCAGAACUCCCCGCCCCCCACCUGCACCUCCACCAAUGGCAGCAACCUCCAGGCCAUGGCCGGACUCAUCGUCCCGCCCAUGUGAGGACCAGUCCCCGCCCUCCACCCCAUAGUCCUCUGGCCCCGCCCACCCGAACAACCACGACAACGUCCAACCUGAUCUUCAUCCUGACGCUGCGAUGACAUCAUCGUCCUGACGCGGCGAUGACAUCAUCGUCCUGGCGCGGCGAUGACAUCAUCAUCCUGAUGGCGGUCAAAACUCUGCAGACGUCACUUCAGACCGAUGUCUGCAGAGGUCAGAGGUCGGGGCGGCAACUGUGGGGGGGGCUUCAGAACCACUUGUUUGUGUGUGGAGACCAAACCAUUCUGUGAGACAGGAAGGGGGCGGGGCCACUGUAAGCUUCUGACCACACCUGGAAUUUAAAGGAGCAGUUUGUGUUUGUGUGACUGCUCCUUUAAUGAACUGCUGAGUCAUUGUUUACGUUGUGAUCUGGGACGAAUCAAAACGACUAUAUUUAACUCAUAUUUAAACGAUAACAGAGCUGUUAGCAUUAGGCGAUUAAGUGGCUAACACUAAUUAUGUUAAAUGUGUUGCUAACGUUAGCAACACUUUAAAGAAGCUAAGUCAUCUUUAGUGAACAUGACUCAGCAAAACAAACCAAAAAGUGCUGAUGUCACAGUUUAUUGCGCUCUCUGGUGGUGAAGUUUGAUGUCGUCCCUCAUCACGAUAAACGUCAGAAUCUCUCGGUGGAUCCUGAACUGGAGUCGGACUGAGUCCAGGAACCAGAAGUGGAACAAACCGUGAGACGGAUCUGGAUCCUGGAAAAAUUCCAGGAAAAAAAAAAAAAAAAAAAAAACGUGAACAAAGACGAAGUCUGAGCGUUUUUUUUCCUUUGUGACAUAAUUUUUAACGUUUGUGUCGAGAAAAGAACGAAUGAGCGACGUGAACGUUAUGUUUGUUACGUUUGUUUGUUUGUUUGCGAGAAAUCGUGAACAGAUUUUUAUUUUGUUUUUAGUCAAAAAAAACUCCGAUUUUUCUUCAGUGUAUUUAUAAAAAUGAGUUUGUGAUUUAGUUCUGAACGAUAAAUGUGUAAACACUCAAUGUCUUAUUAUUAAUUCUUAUUAUCAUCAUUAUUAUUAUUAUUAUUAUUGUUAAUAAUAAAAAACAUCGCAGAGGAAGUUACCCUUUUUUGUAAAAAUAAAAAAGAAAUGCCGGCACGACUUGGUCACAGGAAGUUAAAAAAACCACUUUCAUCACUUUUGUAUAAAAAAAUCUUUUUCCGAUUUUACGAUAUUUAACUUUUUGUAAGCAACAUGUUUGUUUGUGUUUGUGUAAUAUUGUGAAACGUAUAAUCGUUAUUUCUUAAUGCACUAUUUCUGUUCCAGCACUUAAUGAAGAAAUCGUUAAUAAUAAGAAACAAAUUCAGUCAAAACCUUUUUUUCAAUAAGAGAAACAUACGAUUUUUAUUUUAUUGUUUUGUUUUCAGAACAAACAAAAAUCCUCGUCAUGAAACUUUUAUUCAGAAGUUUCUUCAUCGUUAAUAUUCAUCUUUUUUUUCUAAAAGAGUCACUGAAGAAUGUCCACAUGCUAACGUGCUAAUGUCCACAUGCUAACGUGCUAAUGUCCUCAUUGCGAGCAAAUGCUGUCGUUUCUUAUGCAAACGUCUCACAGACACGUCGUUUCCUCGCCGCGCGUCACGUGGCGUCCAGUUGGCGAUCAAACACCGACUCCUCUGAUUGGCUGAAGGUUUAUGUUGCGCAGAUUUUAGCGUCACAUGGUUGUUUCCCUCAGGUUCUCACGCGUUACGAAAGAACAAUACGACGUCAUGAACCUGAAGUUUGAGCGGCUCAUUCACGACAAAAUGUUAUUCUUAAAGAAAUAAUUUAAAGGUAAACUUUUAAAGUUUAAAACAAUUGUAAAUAAAUAUAUUUACAACAAAGUAAAAAUGUUACGAUCACAUAUUUACGGAAAAAAGUUACUUAUCUUACACUUAAUUUAAUUUAAUUUAAGACAAAAACACGUUUAAAAAUUAAAAAAGUUUGGAAUCUUGAAAUGAUGUCAAUUCAUUUUGACAUUAAUUUUGAAAGAAAUUCACAGGAAACACUUUUAUUUUUACAGAUUCAAUGACUUUGAUUUUGAAAUUUUGAGAAUUCAUUACAGAUUUUUAUCACACGUUUAUGAAAACGAUGGCGCUGUCGUUCAUGUUUCAUUUCUGUCGUAGAAAAUGUUUUUCUAAAAACUGUGAAGAAAUUGUAAAAAAACAUCUUUAAUAAAAAUCUUAUGCAAAAAUAAUCAGAGAAGACACAGGCUGCACCUGAACACAUCACGACACCUGAACUCAAUACGACACCUGAACGCAUCACGACACCUGAACACAUCACAACACCUGAACACAUCACAACACCUGAACACAUCACGACACCUGAACGCAUCCCGUCUGCCACUUGAAUGCCUCACGUCUGUCACCUGAACGCAUCAAAACACCUAAACGCAUCACGUCCGUCACCUGAACGCAUCACGUCCGUCACAUGAACGCAUCACGUCCGUCACCUGAACGCAUCACGUCCGUCACAUGAACGCAUCGCGUCUGUCACAUGAACGCAUCACGUCCGUCACAUGAACACAUCACGUCCGUUACCCAAACGCAUCACAACACCUGAACGCAUCACGUCCGUCACAUGAACACAUCACGUCCGUUACCCAAACGCAUCACUACACCUGAACGCAUCACGUUUCCUUGAGUAGAAAUGUUCCAGAUGAUUUGUUUGUUUAUUUUUCGGUGAACGACAGUUUCUGCGUCUUUGUUAAAUAUGAAAUAUAUCAUCAAAGUAUAUUAAAGCACAAUGUUGAAUGAAUUUCUUUAUGAAUUUUGUUUUUCUCAGAUAUUCUUUGAUUUUUCUCUGAUUUUCUCUGAUUUUUCUCAGAUUUUCUGACCGCGCUGUAAAUAAAUGCAUGUUAUUAUUUGUUUUUUUCUUGUGAUUCCGUGCUUUUUGUACAGAAACGUCUAAUAAAGAUUACAUUUGGCUUGAAACU